UUUUUGUUCACCUCAUGCAUUGGGGUUUUUAAAAUGUCGAACCAUCGUAAUGUUGAUUCUUUCCGGCCAACACCACUGUCUUGUAAUUUAACCGUUGCUCGCUCCAAUUGUAGCCCUGCGGGAAAAGGUUGCAACUCAUCAAAACAAAAUACACUCAAAAAUUCUUUCGAACUCUCUCUCUCUCUCACGAUGGAGAGAAUACACGUUACCGUGAGGACGAGGCCUCUCUCUCCGGAGGACGACAAGACCAGCCCUUGGCGAAUCUCCGGCAAGUCCAUCUCCAACCUUAAUCACUCCUCCAAGUUCGAAUUUGAUCGGAUUUUUGGGGAAAGCUGCAAGACGCAAGAGGUUUACGAAGCUCGUACCAAGAAUAUUGUCGCUGACGCUGUUUGUGGAUACAAUGGCACUGUUUUCGCCUAUGGACAGACAAACAGUGGAAAAACACAUACAAUGCGGGGAUCUACUGCUGAACCUGGAGUCAUACCUCGUGCUGUACAUGAUUUGUUUGGGCUUAUACAAGAGGAUACAGAUCGGGAAUUUCUUCUAAGAAUGUCCUACAUGGAAAUUUAUAAUGAGGAAAUAAUUGAUUUGUUAGCUCCUGAGCACAGGAAACUGCAGAUUCACGAAAACCUUGAGCGUGGAAUAUUUGUGGCUGGGUUAAGAGAAGAAACUGUAGCUUCUCCUGAAAAAGUCCUUGAAUUUAUGGAGUUUGGAGAAUCACAUCGGCAUAUUGGAGAGACAAAUAUGAAUCUCUCCAGCAGCAGGUCACAUACAAUUUUCCACAUGAUAAUUGAGAGUAGGAAUAGAUGUGAAGAUAAAGAUGUUGGCAGUUCUUGUGAUGCAGUCCGUGUAUCUGUUUUGAACUUGGUCGACCUUGCUGGUUCAGAGCGUGCUGCAAAGACUGGUGCGGAAGGUGUUCGUCUGAAAGAGGGGUCACACAUUAACAAAAGUCUGAUGACACUUGGUACAGUAAUCAAGAAACUGAGUGAAGGUGCUGGGAGUAAAGGGGGCCAUGUUCGUUAUCGGGACAGCAAACUUACUCGUAUUUUGCAACCUGCACUGGGGGGAAAUGCAAAUACUGCCAUCAUAUGUAAUAUCACACUUGCUCAGAUUCAUGCUGAUGAGACUAAAAGUAGUCUCCAGUUUGCCAGUAGAGCGUUAUGUGUGACAAAUUGUGCUUGUGUGAAUGAGAUCUUGACAGAUGCUACUUUGCUAAAGUGUCAGAAGAAAGAAAUUGAGGAGCUUCAGCACAAGAUCUCUUUGCUUGAAGUAAGCAAUGCAGAGCUAAAAGGGAAGCUUCAAGAAAGCAGAAUUGCUUUUGAACAUCUUGCACAACGUGGUCUUGAUGCUCAGGUUGAAAGAACAGCUGCUUCUGGAUUUUCUUGCACUUGCAGUCGGAACUCAUUGUGCAAGACAAGAAUGUGUAGAUGCCAAGCUGGUGGAGGAAGCUGUGGGGUCUCGUGCAAAUGCUUAUCCUAUCGUUGCCUUAAUAGAUAAGUAACUCUCUCAUCAAUUACUAUGUACUGUGGAAAUGCUUAUUUUUACCGCGACUGAAUUGAUUAUCUGACAAAGCUUAAAACAAAUGUUGUUCGCAAUAACUUGAAGGCUGAAGCUUAAUGUUGCUAGUAUCUACAAAAUUAUAAACACUAGUUCAUUGGGUUAAGAUCUCUUAAUAUUCCGAGUCUCGAACCACUUUUGUUGGUAAUGCUAUUUGUAAGAAUGCAUUAACAGUUCAAUAUUAAGAGAAAAGAAACAACCAGAGUUUGCUACAGUGGGACUUUUAUUUUCCUUAGUUUAACUUGAUAUUUACCAUAUGUCCAACGUCUAUGGAACAAAGAAUGCUGAUUUAUGUCCUUAUCUGUAUGAUUCGAAAAUGGGUUUUGCUGAUUAAUACACGUCGUAUCCUUUAUGGGGAUUUAUCCGAUGAGGAGAAAAAGAAAGCUCAAGAGAAAGCCAACAUCCUUGAUGAAAGCAUCAGCAUCAGCUUCCAGAUAAGCAGCCUUGCUUUGUACAAAACAGACACUGAAGACAUGACACUGUGAAAUCCUGGAAGAAGAUAGCUGAAUUCAAUCUCAACACUAAUUAGGUACAGAAAUGCUUUCACGUUUGUAAAAAGACUUGUUAUUUGCUCCUCUUUCAGUGACUUAAAGUGAAAGCAAAACUUGUUGAGUACUCUUACUUUGGCAUUCUUGUAACUUGAGUUUGUCAAUUUAUAGCUAAGGUUGUCAUAACAGGAUAGGUAUUCUGUAUUGUUUUUUAUUUUAUGUAUCGGAUACAUAUCAAGUACCAUAAGGUAUGUAAGCAAGUGUAAAUAUAAGUAACAAAAAUUGUUAUACCGGUA